GAUGUGCUUCAACGUCUACCACGAGCAACGCCUCCACCUACAGCGUUAGGCGGCAACCCUUGUUCAUCAUUUUGUCGCAUUGUUCGUUUAGAUCAAACUCAAACCUUCAUGCCUCUUCAAAUUGACGACAGCGUUGACAUUUCCCAUGUUUCUGGGAACGCCCCAGACGAAAUCAAGAGAAUCAUAGUAACAGUCUUUCCUACAAUCGACAGUCGACAUGCGAAAGGAAGAAGAGGAUACUCGGAGGAAAUUGCGAAGCGAAUGGUUGUGACAGAGGUUUCCAUUCUGUGCCAUCCCGAAGAAUUGAAAAAGAUUGGACGUGUUGUGUGCGAAUUGGAGGUACAUGAUGACAUGAUAAAUGGCUCAAGGACAAUACAUGGAGGAUGUUCAGCCUUUCUCGUGGAUAUGUGUUCGUCUAUGGCUUCAACAGCUCUAGCCUUGAACAAUGAGGCAACAGCCAAUCUCGUCUCCCAGUCGUUGAAUGUGGUUUAUCAUUCUCCUGCUGUCGUCGGUGAUAAAUUACGGAUUGUCAACGCUACGAUGACGAUGGGCUCUAGAGCGACUUCAAUCAAAACUGAGAUUUGGAAUAUUACUCACCACCGACUGGUGGCAUCCGGAGUUCACAUCAAGAUGCAGCCUUCGGAGAAGUCGAAACUGUAGGGUUAUCCUACUUAAUUAUGUACAGUGCUCGUAAAGACCUGAUGCCCUAUUCUGGAUUUUGGCUAUCUCCCGUGUUCCCAGAAGGCUAUCGACCAGAAUCCAAGCACCCGUCUAGAGAGUUACAGGACCCUGACGGACUGGGAAGUUCAGAAAACGAGCCGACCGAGGUUCUCCAUAAUCACACCACUCACGAUGUACGCCUCAGCUAUAGUAGCGGUGCAGGAACCCCCGUUGCUUACAGUCCUCCAACCCUUUCCCUUUAGCCUCCCGCAACUCCUUCUCUCCGGACGACCUCGUCCGGACUGUUCAUUCUUGAAUCUUACCCAUUAUAAGCAGCGUCUCUCUCGUCAGGUCGUCUUUGGGUUCUUUUCUGGGGGUUCAUCAAGACUCAGCAUUCGCGACGGGCCGAGGCAGUGCCGCAGACUCUAGUCAUCUUAGCGGCUGUUCAUGGGGAUCUGUUGUAGUGAAUUUGAUGCAGGAAAGGCAGAGCCUGGCGAGGGUUGCAGGAGGACCUUGUGCCAUAUAUGCUCAGCGCUCAGUACUCGGUGCCCGGUCAUCAUGGCAUCGUGGGUAUUGGUUCGGAGUCGUGCCUGACUGGAGAUACAUGGUUUGAAAGAAAGCCGGUUGAGACGGGGAGGCAAAUGGACGGCAGAGAUCAACGUGAAGUUUUGCUGAAGUUCUGAACAACCUGAUAUGGUGGGAGGGGCCAUUGACACUAGAGCGGCCAAAGUUCUCCGUUGACUUUCGCCUUCUCGGGGGACGUUUGCGGACACCUGGAACAUUAGCCGGGUACCACUGUCGAGGGGUGCGGGGACCGGUAAUACGGUCGCAGUAGUGAGGAUCUCUCGUUCUAGUAUUUGAAGUACCUUGUCACAUCAAGCUUCACACUAUGUCCACAAUUUUUUUGAACCUGAAACGACUGUUCUCGACCCUGAAAUCACAGGGGGAGUGCUCUUCAAUACAGAAUCUCUUGUGGCCUUAAUAAUUAACAAUUUGUAGCGUUGUAGCCCUGCGGGGCCCGGCAUGGAUCAUGAUUA